AUGUCAGAUCACGAAACAUAUGAUAAUAUCGAUGCAGGAGCAUCACAGACAUACCCUGUGCAGGCAGGUGCGAUAAAGAAAAACGGACACGUAAUGCUAAAAGAGCAUCCUUGCAAAGUUGUAGAUUAUUCAACAUCCAAAACGGGGAAGCAUGGUCAUGCCAAGGCACACAUCGUAGGAAUCGAUAUUUUUACUGGAAAGAAAUAUGAAGAUAUUUGCCCUACUUCUCACAAUAUGGAUGUACCUGUGGUGAAAAGAACUGAGUUGCAGCUGAUUGACAUUACGGAGGAUGGCUUUGUUUCUUUACUGUAUGACAAUGGAGAGACCAAGGAUGACUUAAGCUUACCAAAGGACUCGGAUGGAAACCCGGAUGACGUAGCUAAGCAAAUUCGUACCCUUUUCGAUGCCGGCAAGUCUGUGUUAGUUAGUGUUUUGUCCGCAUGUGGCCAGGAGAAGAUCAUCGCUGUCAAGGAGUUGUCAUCUUAG